AUGGCGCCUCAUGUGCCAGACGCGACCUUCGACCGCCCCGAGCCUUCAAACCCAGCCUCAACCCCAGAGCUGGAAGACGACAAUGCCGCCAACUGCCCCUUCUGCCGGAUAGCAGCCCUCUACAAGCCCUACGACCCAGUUGUUCCCCCAGCAGCCGACUCGCCCGCCAUCUCCACCACCAAGGCCGACCCCAACCCCGAGACCUACGUCCUCCUCUCCACGCCGGACGUGAUCGCCUUCCUCGACAUCAUGCCCCUCUCGCGGGGCCACCUGCUCCUCUGCCCGCGAAGGCACUCCCCGAAGCUCACGGGGACCACGGCCCACGAGGCCCGCGAGCUGGGCUACUACCUGCGCGUGCUGUCGGCAGCGCUGAGCACGGCGACGGGCGUCGAGGACUGGAACGUGGUUCAGAACAACGGCGCCGCCGCCGCGCAGGUCGUGCCCCACAUGCAUUAUCAUAUCAUCCCGCGGCCAGAGAUCAGGGCGCAGGGCCGCUGGAGCGAGAAGUUCACCAUGUUCGGCCGCGGCCAGAGGAGCGAUCUUGAUGCUGAGGACGGGGAGCAGCUUGCGAGCAGCGUCAGGGCGGAGAUCGCGAGGGUGCUUGGGGAGGAGGCGGCGACGGCGGUUAAGGGGAAGCUAGCCCUUGUGCUGGGCGAGCUGCGAUACGACGGCACCUUACCAAACAUCGGAAGCUCAGCUCGGGUCAAUACCAUCGUGACAAAGAUGGGGACACGGGAUGACUGGGUUUUUCAGUGUGAAGGCCCGACGAACACACAGCAGCGAUUGUGCGAGCCUAACGAAAUCAUGACCUUGUGUUUCGUGCGCAUGGUCAGGCCAUCCAUAGUGACCGUGGACGCCCAGAUUCGAGCUGUGGAUCUCUCGCACAGUACUCCUCUCGGCCCGGCUCGUCAAGCUCUACUGGCGGGCGAAAGCCCGCUCCCAGAUAGUUGGCCGGAACCCUACGGUAACGAGGAGCGUGCGCACAAUAUGGCGCAAUUGUGA